AUGAUGAUGAUGUCCCUAAACAGCAAGCAGGCGUUCAGCAUGCCCCACGCGGGCAGCCUGCACGUGGAGCCCAAGUACUCGGCGCUGCACAGCGCCUCCCCGGGCUCCUCUGCGUCCGCUGCGCCCUCGGCGAGUUCCCCCAGCAGCUCCAGCAAUGCGGGCGGCGGCGGUGGCGGUGGCGGAGGCGGCGGAGGCCGGAGCAGCAGUUCCAGCAGCAGCGGCAGCGGCGGCGGCGGCGGCGGGGGCUCUGAGGCGAUGCGGAGAGCUUGUCUUCCAACCCCACCGAGCAAUAUAUUCGGCGGGCUGGAUGAGAGUCUGCUGGCCCGUGCCGAGGCUUUGGCCGCCGUAGACAUCGUCUCCCAAAGUAAGAGCCACCACCACCAUCCGCCCCACCACAGUCCCUUCAAGCCGGACGCCACUUAUCACACCAUGAACACCAUCCCGUGCACGUCGGCAGCCUCCUCUUCAUCUGUGCCCAUCUCGCACCCGUCCGCGCUGGCAGGCACCCACCACCACCACCAUCACCAUCACCAUCACCACCACCAGCCGCACCAGGCUCUGGAGGGCGAGCUGCUGGAGCACCUGAGCCCCGGGCUGGCCCUGGGAGCCAUGGCGGGCCCGGACGGAACCGUGGUGUCCACUCCUGCUCACGCACCGCACAUGGCCACCAUGAACCCCAUGCACCAAGCAGCUCUGAGCAUGGCCCACGCGCACGGGCUGCCCUCGCACAUGGGCUGCAUGAGCGACGUGGAUGCAGACCCGCGGGACCUGGAGGCGUUCGCCGAGCGCUUCAAGCAGCGACGCAUCAAGCUGGGAGUGACCCAGGCAGAUGUGGGUUCGGCACUGGCCAACCUCAAGAUCCCAGGCGUGGGCUCACUCAGCCAGAGCACCAUCUGCAGGUUCGAGUCUCUCACGCUGUCGCACAACAACAUGAUCGCGCUUAAGCCCAUCCUGCAGGCAUGGCUGGAGGAGGCCGAGAAAUCCCACCGCGAGAAGCUCACCAAGCCCGAGCUCUUCAACGGUGCGGAGAAGAAGCGCAAGCGCACGUCCAUCGCAGCGCCAGAGAAGCGCUCCCUGGAAGCGUACUUCGCCAUCCAACCAAGGCCCUCCUCCGAGAAGAUCGCGGCCAUCGCGGAGAAGCUCGAUCUCAAGAAAAACGUGGUACGCGUCUGGUUCUGCAACCAGAGGCAGAAACAGAAGAGAAUGAAAUACUCCGCCGGCAUUUAG